AUGUUAAGUGAGAUACUCGAAGAGUUCAGACACCUUCAGCUAUGUAUUGGAGAGGAAGACAUAGUACUUUGGACCGACUCAACUGUAGUUUUAUCGUGGAUAAAAACUGACUUACCACUCAAAUCAUAUGUGUCUAAUCGAGUAAUGCAAGUUCGAGAAGUAUCGCAGUCAAGUCAAUGGAACCAUGUACCAACACAAGAUAACCCAGCAGAUUUGAUUUCAAGAGGUGUCGCAGCAGAUGAGAUGGAAGACAGUUCUUUGUGGUGGCAUGGGCCAAGUUGGAUCCAGUCGUCACAGGAUUCAUGGCCGUCCCAAGAGAUUAACAACUCUGAAAUACCAGAAGUCCGUGCGGUGAAGUUAGUGUUGAUCGCACAACCUCAGUUACCUUGUUUGUUGGACAAGUGUUCACAAUGGACAAAUCUCAUUCGAGUAACGGCGUGGCUCCUGCGAUUCAAAAACAACUGCAUUAGUAAACUACAACGCACAACAGGACAUUUAACGGUAGACGAAUUGCAUUCGGCAGAACGAAUGUGGCUGCAUCAAGCUCAGUCUAGUGCAUUCGGUCGUGAGCAGCUAGAUUUACAAAGAAAAAAUGCUAUUCAUAGCAAGAGUAGACUCCGGUGCCUCAAUCCAUUCAUUGAUGACCACGGGUUGAUUCGAGUUGGCGGGAGGUUGAGUAACAUAGCAGCAUCAGAUUCCAGAAAAUUUCCUAUUGUUCUUCCUUCCACACACAAGGUAACCGGACUUAUUUUUGAGCGCGAACAUCGACGAUUGCUCCAUGUUGGACCACAAGCGUUAUUAGCAAAUGUACAACUUAAAUACUGGCCAUUACGAGGACGUAAUAGUGCGCGCUCUACGGUGCACAAAUGUGUAACAUGUUUUCGGGCAUCACCAAAGAUAUCAGUACCAUUUAUGGCAGCUUUAUCUAGAGCGCGUGUCAUCAUUACGCGUCCAUUUUCCCGCUGUGGAAUUGAUUUCUGUGGUCCCAUCGGAAUCAGAAGUGGCAUCCGAAGAGUAUCAUCUGUCAAAGCGUACAUUGCAGUCUUUGUGUGUUUGACCACACGAGCAAUUCAUCUGGAAUUAGUGAGCAACCUCAGCACAGAAGCUUUCAUGGCGUCACUGGAUCGGUUCAUAUCAAGAAGAGGAAAAUGCAGUGAUAUUUAUAGUGACAAUGGUACAAACCUUGUAGGAGCUCAGAAGGUUCUGAAAACUUUCCUAGGUGAUAAAGCUGUGCCAGAUCAACUGGCAAAUAAAGAAAUUAAUUGGCAUUUUAUACCUCCAGCAGCUCCACACUUUGGCGGCCUGUGGGAAGCCGCUGUAAAGUCCGCCAAAACCCAUUUGACGAAGCUCGCGGCCAAUGCGUUAUUAACCUUUGAGGAGGCUUCAACGUUGCUGUGCCGAAUUGAGGCAGUGUUGAAUUAA